UCCUUGCUGACAUCUGUACGGACGAGAUUUCUUCUUCAAUGUUCGGCGUAGUGUGACUUCUUGUACAUCGCAGAGAGAGAGAGAGAGAGAGAGAGAGAGAGGGAGAUGGCGGAGUCACUCCAAACUGGAGGAGGACAAGCAAGCGGCGUCUGUAAGGAGAGGCAGGGAUGGACGCAGAACGUGGUCAUAAUGAGGCACGGUGACAGAAUCGACGCGGCAGAACCUCUGUGGCUGUCGCACGCAGAUCGGCCAUGGGAUCCACCGCUGACGGAUACUGGCAAGAUUCGGGCUUGGACGACGGGAAAGAGACUGAGAAACGUUGGCUUCCCUGUCCACCGAAUCAUCGUUUCCCCUUUCCUCCGUUGCCUCCAAACCGCCGCCGAGGUCAUCACCGCCCUCUGUUGCGUUGUUGACGACGAAACCCAUCUUCUCUCCAUGGAGACUAGUGCGGGCGCAGUGAUCGAUCCUACUCGCGUUAAGGUACCUUGAACCUGUGUCCUUGUAAUCAG